AUGUCUUCCAACUUUGGUAUCGCUUUCCCCAGCCGUGCUGCGGCCUGGAAGCUUGAUCUUCCCACCUCGUCUCAUCCCGCAGAGUCGGUCAAGCUCCCGGAUGAUGGAAGCAAGGACGCCGAAUCCAUCAUAGGAGAGGACGAGCGUGUCUUGGUUGAUCAUGGCGAUCUCCAACAGGGUGGCAAGUACCGCUCCAUCGUCAAGAUCCAGUCCAGGUUCAAUGACAGAACUACUGGCCGCGCCGUUUGGAUGAUCGGCACCGGUUGGCUGAUUCGCCCGGAUCUUCUUGUCACUGCUGGACACGUCGUCUACGACCAUGGAUACCGAUAUGGCCCUGCCGACCAGAUCAAGUGCUACAUCGGCUACAACGGCCGUGACUCUGUCAAGACCUCGGCUGUCCAGGCUCGGUAUGGCCUCAAUGUCAUCUCCACGGCUGAGUGGAUCGAGUCGCCCAACAACCGAAGCCGCGACGUUGCUUUCAUCCAGGGCAUCGUCCUCGGUGUUGUUGGCUAUCCUGGCGACAAGUCCCUCAGGGAUGCUGAUGGUGAAGAUGAGAAGGGUGCCCAGAUGUACGAGGAGUUCGCAAAGACCGACUUCGACUUGGCUGCCAGCCCUGGCAACAUGGUUGAGUAUCGAGUCUCUACCUUUGGAGGCCAAUCCGGCGCCCCGAUCCUGCGCAAAGCUCGUGGACGAUUUACCAGCAUCGGUACACACUGCUAUGGUGGUGGUGGCCAGAAGAGCAACUCGGGCAACGCCAUCGGUGGUGUGUACGGAAACAACUAUGAUGCCUUCAUUGCCCUGUUCAACAUCGGUCAGCAAGCGUUCGGAACUGCUGCCAAUAUCAAGUCGAUUGACUGCCAGGCCAACGGCAACUCUUCCUCGGGCACGAGUCUGAACGGCAGUCUCGCCAGCGGUCUCGACAAGGGCGGCUAUGCCAGUGCUGGAUCGAACAACAACGGCUUCACCAGCACUGGCUUCAACAACACUGGCUUCAACAGCAGCGGCUUCGGCAACAUUAGCUCUGGCAAAGACUUGAACGGGAGAGCGACCAGUGGCCAGAACCGAAGCAGUGUUUCUCUGGUGACCAAGCAGAUUCUUCCCAUCGCCUCCUCUCUGCUUGGGCCUAUGGGUUCGCUCGCCGGCAUGGCAGCUGGGCAUUUCCUCGGGAAACUCACCAGAGAGAGUAUGCAGUCUGAGAGUGGCAUGGCUGGAAUUCCUGGCGAUGAUGAUGCCAUUGCUGCUCGGGCAUUGGUUGCCGAAGCAGCCCUUGAGGCGAUCCUGUCGGCCAACGAGUCCCCUGAGCAUGGGGAAGUCAUCAAGAAGAUGAAGGAUAUCUGGUCGACCAGUGCUCCCAACGUUGAUGCCUUGGCUCCUGUGCUUACCCCAGGCCUCACAGAGUGUGCUCUGGACAUUGCCUCUCAUCGACUGGAAAGGGCCACCACUGGUACCACUCGCCAGGGCCAGGAAAGCACUCUGCUUCCCGAGCGCCGCGACCUUGGUAUUUCGAUCCAUGAGGCUGGCGGUGCCGAAGCUGCCUUUGUCCAGGCUAUGUAUGGACCGACCCGCCCGCUCGCCGACGCAGAGGGAGGCUGGGGCUGGCUUGGAUCUGCCAUCAGCACCGUGGGCAAGGCUGCGGUCCCCAUCGUUGGUAAAGUGGCCAGUGGUGCCCUUUCAGACAGCGUCAGUCCCAACGAAGAGGCGACCCGGAUUCUCCUCAAGCGCGCCUUGAUGGCAGACACGGCGCUCCAGGCCUUGAUGACCCUUCCCCGCGAGAAGCUGGAGCGCCUGCAGGUCACGCACAACAACAGUGGCGAGACCGAGGGCAUCAUCGACUUCAUCAAGACUGGCGUGCAGAAGCUUGGCCCCACGGUUCUGAACGCUGCCAAGAACAUAGCCAACAAGCACGUGCCCAUUGCCAUCAACUAUGGCGCAAAGAAGAUCUCGAACCAUCUUGGUCUUCCUGCCGAAGCCCUUCCCAACCGCACCAUCCGCACCAUCCGCAAGCAGCCUUCUUUCCGGGACUCUCUCAAUGCUGGAAACAUUGUCAAGGUGAGCCAUGUCCAGAAUACGCCCGAGGCGCCGGCCAGCGUUGAUCUUUCUGCCCUUCUCCUGGCACGUCAGGAGGUCUGGAAGCCUUCCAACGUGUGGCGAAAGGACUGGGAUGACAACGAUGAUGGCCCCGUCAUCAUGACUUGGCCGCCCCUCGACUUUUGA